UUGGUGUGGCAUAACCGGGAGAAGAAGUGCAAAUGCCACGGAGUGAGUGGCGCCUGCUCGCUGCGAACUUGCUGGCAGAGGGUGAGCUCGUUUCGGCGCAUCGGCAAUCAGUUGAAGACAUCAUAUCAGUCGGCAGUCCGAGUGCACUACGACGCUCUGUUGCAGGGUCUGGUGUUGCUGCCGACGCCCGGGUACCAUGGCGUCAGCCUGAGGCCGGGACUCGAGCCCGGGCCUCGUCUGGUCUACAGGCCGGACACGGAGGCGGCUGACGGUGCGGGUGAUAGAGGCCGGACGGCCUGGCGUCGUCUGCCGAGCAGAGCUUCGUCGGGCAGAAGCGUCUCGGCGGCCCGGUCGGACCGACAAUUCGGCCCGACCGAGUCCGGCUACGGCCCGCUGCGCCUCGUGGCCCCACCGUCCGGCCUGCUCGGCGACACCGUCUACCCGCCCAUCAAUGGACUCGUCUCACCACGCAGACGAAUACAGCCUCGUUCGCCGGCCAGGCUGGCCGGUCAGUCCGAAGCGUCUCGGCCGAGACCGGCCGACUUUGGUCUCGGCUCGAGUCCCGGCCUCGUACCGUCCGGCGCCAGUCGAGCCGAGCUGGCCAGCGCCCAGGGCGGCUGGUUCAUCUCCGGCCCUUCGGUUCAGGCCAGACGACCGAUGGUGCGUGCGGAAGGCAGCAGUGCCUGGCAGAGGUCGGGCGAGCUCGGCCGACCGAGUGAAACGGCAGAAGACCAUUGGGGCAAUAGGAGGAGUGAAGACGGACGCGGAGUCGCAGAUGCGCCCGAGGCCGUGUCCGAAGCUGAAGUGGAAGCAGAGGAGACGGCUGGAGACGUCGGCGCAAGCCUGAGGAGACGACGUAGGAGACAGCCGGCCGGAGGCCCGGUGAUACGGCCCUCGCAGGACAGCAUUGUCUACAUGGAAGAGUCACCGAAUUAUUGCAAUUACGACCCGAGCAUCGGUGAGUGGGGUUGGUCUGUCGAAAUCGUCGUCUCAAUGGCCUCGGCCGUGAGGCCAUUUUUUUUGUGGAUUGCAGGAAUGGGCAAUGAGGAAGGUCUGCUUUAA